AUGUCCAUCCAUGACUCCGGCAUCCCCUUGACCCAUGUCCCGGACUCUCGUGGCUACAAGCUCAUGGAGCUGCCUCCGGAGCUGGAAGCCCUGCUAACUGCCGAAGAUGCCCCGGUCGUCACACUCACCUCCACCCCUGCGACGGCUCUCCUUAAGGCCCAGGACAAGACUUACAAGCUGCUCCAGAAGAACACCUCCAACUCCCUGAUCCUCCUCGCCCCCCACACCCCGGAUGUCCCCGCCGCCGGUCUCGCCGCCAUCACCACCGUUCACGAGACCAUUGAGCUCAUCGCCCAGGCGGAGCCGCAGACGAUAUCGAACCUCAAGAACACGGGCAGUAAGGGCAAGUGGCACGAGAAGUUCGGCCGCGGACGGUAG